UAUUUUGACACCGGAAUGCUGAAAGUACAUAGUGCACAAGUGCAAUGUUUUUAAAGCUUGUAGGAGCUAAACAUAACAUUGAAAUGUGCAGUAUUUAUCAUCUAUAUAAAAAGGCGCAGUGGGAUAUUUUAUUGUACUAAAUGCUUCGUUAGUUUUCUGAAAACAUUCAGACGUUUUAGGGUUAAUCUCGUCUGGUCCUCCAAGAACCCGGAAACACAACAAUCUGACAGCUUGUCUUCAUUUGUCCGCUCAUUGAAAGGGGGUCCUUACAUAAAGGCACAAUGCCUGACCUUUGGCAGGAUGCCAUGGACCACGCUGUGACUUUGGCCAGGAAAGCAGGAGAGAUCGUGAGGAAUGCUUUGCAGAAUGACCUGAAGAUCAUGUGCAAAAGCUCUUCUGUCGACCUGGUCACUAAAACAGACCAGAAUGUGGAGGAACUUAUUAUUACGUCAGUCAAGGAGAAGUUUCCUGGACACAGUUUCAUUGGUGAAGAGUCAGUGGCUGCAGGAGAACCUUGUGUUUUGACUGAAAACCCAACAUGGAUUGUUGACCCUGUGGAUGGGACCACUAACUUUGUGCAUGGAUAUCCAUUUGUUGCUAUAUCCAUUGGCUUUGCUGUCAACAAAAUGUUAGAGUUUGGUGUGGUUUAUAGCUGCAUAGAAGACAAGAUGUACACGGCUCGAAAAGGGAAGGGUGCUUUUUGCAACGGACAGCCACUGCAAGUGUCGGACCAAAAAGAGAUUAACCAGUCAAUCAUCGCUACAGAGUUUGGCUCUAAUAGAGACCCUCAUGCUGUUGACAAGAUUUUUUCAAGCAUGAGGAAAAUCUUAUGCCUGCCAGUUCAUGGAAUACGUGGUGUUGGGUCUGCUGCCAUUAACAUGUGCUUGGUAGCAUCUGGUUGUGUCGAGGCCUAUUAUGAGAUUGGGAUCCACUGUUGGGAUGUGGCAGCUGCAGCAGUCAUAGUCUCAGAGGCAGGAGGAGUUCUCAUGGAUGUUGAAGGUGGACCGAUGGAUCUGAUGUCUAGAAGAGUUUUGGCAGCUAAUAACAACAUAAUUGGAGAAAGAAUCAUUAAAGAGAUUGAGGCAUUUUCAGCUGUUAGAGAUGAUGAACCUGUAGACCCUAUCAGAUAAACCUUGUUUUAGCCCCAUGUGCUAUUGAUGUCUGGAACAUUACAUUUGAAACAAUGUAUCAAUAUUUAAAUGCUCUGCCAUCUUUUAUGUUGUGUAAACGAUUUCUGGCUCAUGAUAUUGAAAAAAUGUAUUACAGUUAAUAAAUUAACAAAUUACAAAUA